CUCAAAGGGCGACUGGGGGUUGUGAAUCGUGUUUGUGUGCAUAUGUGGCAAGUUUCUUGAAGUGCGUUUGUGUCUUUUUGGGCUUAAUGGAAGUGAAUACCGUUUGAGCUCGCAGAAAAGAGGCGAUGGAUGUGGUCACAACACACGACACAAGAAGACAACCAAGACUUACAAUUUCAACUUGGGGCUGAGAACACGGGGUAGGGUUCCUUCUCAACCACCCCAAUUAAAUUCUUGGAUUGAAAAAUGAAGAGGGAAAGCUUAUUCAUGUAAAAUUCAACUGUGGAGUCUCCCCGGCACCACCUCCGUCUCUAAUUUUAAAGAUUUGUGGAGAUCUGUUUCCGCCCAGUGAUUUGCACAAUAGAAAAAGUCUAAAGGCUUGUGAGUCGUGACUCAGAGAGUCGGAAAACUCCGGCUAAAGAGACAGCAAGAAUUGUUUAUAUUUUCCGCUUCUGGAUGGUGUUCUCGAGAGACUAUGUAGAGAGAGAGAGAGAGAGAGAGAUGGGGCCAAUAAUGGAGUGAAAUAAGGAAGAUAGAGAGUAGUUGACAGUGCUCGGAAUGUUCAAACCACCCAAAGAAUUGGUUUCUCUGUAGAUAAAUGUUUCCAAGUGUCAAUUUGGAGCUGUGCCUUUCAAAUCUUUCACCGGGUGUAUAAGAAGUGCAGAGGGUGAUGUGAAAAAACCAUUUUUUGGGUUUCUGGUGAUUCUGGUAUAUGAUGGGUGGUCUUCUUGCUCUUGUCAUUCUGGUUUCUAGCUCUCAGCUGAUGUUUCCUAAUCCCACAGCUUCUCUUCCUCUAUGCACUGAUUCAAGAUCUCCAAGUACCCAGACAACUCCACUGACAUUCUGCCCUUACAAUGGAAGCACAUGCUGCAACUCCACCGAAGAUUCGCUAUUGCAGAAGCAGUUUCAAGCCAUGAAUGUAUCCAUUUCUGCUUGCGCGUCGAUUUUGAAAUCAAUCCUCUGCGCGAAAUGUGAUCCUUUCUCCGCCGAGUUAUUCACAGUAGGUUCUGUGCCUCGGCCAGUUCCUAUCCUGUGCAAUUCGACUGUUUCGGCUAAUUCAUCUCAGUCCAACCAAGCAGAGACCGACUUCUGCUCCACAGUAUGGGAUACAUGUCAAAACGUAUCGAUAUUCAACUCACCCUUUGCACCUUCCUUACAAGGACAAGCCGGAAUACCGGUCAAUGCCAGCUUCACCAAACUGACUGCAUUUUGGCAGUCCAAAGGAGAUUUCUGCAAUGCGUUUGGUGGAGCAUCGCUUGAUGAUUCCGUAUGUUUCGAUGGUGAGCCUGUUAAGCUGAAUAGCACAGAAGCACCGGGCCUCCCAAAGGGGUUGUGCCUCGAGAAGAUAGGGAAUGGGUCAUAUCUUGAUAUGGCCGCCCAUCCUGAUGGCUCCAACCGUGCUUUCUUCUCUGACCAGAAGGGUUAUAUUUGGCUUGCUACUAUUCCCGAGCAGGGAUCGGGAGGAUCUUUGGAGAUUGAUCAGUCCAGUCCCUUCUUAGACCUGACUGAUGAGGUUCAUUUCGAUACAAUAUUUGGGAUGAUGGGUAUUGCAAUCCAUCCGAACUUUGCAGAGAACGGCCGGCUGUUUGCUUCAUUCAAUUGUGACAAGUCAAAGUGGCCUGGUUGUACAGGAAGAUGUUCGUGCAAUUCAGAUGUGAAUUGUGACCCUUCGCAGCUACCUUCUGAUAACGGGGCUCAACCGUGCCAAUACCAAACUGUCAUUGCAGAAUAUUCUGCUAAUGGUUCUGCAUCUCAGCCUUCUUUGGCAAAGAGUGCCAACCCGAUUGAAGUGAGAAGGAUCUUUACUAUGGGCCUUCCAUUUACCGCUCAUCACGGAGGACAGAUCCUCUUUGGACCCGCCGAUGGGUACUUAUAUUUUAUGAUGGGAGAUGGUGGCUCGCCUAAUAACUCGGGCGACCCCUACAACUUUUCCCAGAACAAAAAAUCAUUGCUCGGGAAGAUCAUGCGGCUUGAUGUAGAUAACAUCCCAAGUGUUGAUCAAAUAGACAAACUUGGAUUCUGGGGAAACUACUCUAUACCCAGUGAUAAUCCCUUCACUGAAGAUAACCAGUUGCAGCCGGAGAUCUGGACUCUGGGGAUGAGAAAUCCAUGGCGUUGCAGCUUUGACUCGGCAAGGCCUUCCUACUUUAUGUGUGGAGAUGUUGGGCAGGAUAUAUACGAAGAGGUCGAUCUAAUCACCAAGGGCGGAAACUAUGGCUGGCAUUAUUUCGAGGGUCCAUAUCGUUACGCUUCCGAAGGAAAUACUUCAAUAAAGGCGACAAACUUUAUUUUUCCUGUGCUGGGUUAUAAUCACUCUCAGGUUAAUAACAAGCUAGGAUCCGCGGCCAUUACCGGCGGCUACUUUUAUCGGUCAACCACUGAUCCGUGCAUGUAUGGAAGGUACUUGUACGCGGAUUUGUAUGCCGGAGCGCUCUGGGCGGGCGUGGAGACUCCAGACAAUAGCGGCAACUUUUCUUCGAGUGAGAUACCUUUCAGCUGCGCGAAGGAUUCGCCUAUAAAGUGCGACUCCGUGCAAGGAAGCUCCCUUCCGACUCUGAACUAUAUCUACUCUUUCGGGGAAGACAAUCGCAAGGACAUUUACAUCCUGGCUUUCAAUGGGGUAUAUAGGGUCGUCCGCCCGAGUCGCUGCGGCUACACUUGCCCGAAAGAAAAUGUCACCGACGUCUCGACCCCGGGUCCGAACACAUCACCUUCGGGUGCAAACCUGUUGGCCUACAGAUACAGCAGUUUGACGUGCCUAGUUGCGUCCCUGUGGUUAUUCCUCUGGGGCAACAUGUAGUCUUUUUCAGUAGCCCGAAAAACGUUGUAAUUCCACACGAAUGCGCGCUCUCCGGUGAUUCCGACCGAGUGUGAGUUCCAAUUUUGCUUGCAGAUCAUAGUUUUCUUGGAGGUGUUAAA